AUGCCGACGUGGAACCCACCGCCUUCAUUGGCGCCAAAACCAACCGACGGUGAUGCGACACGUGUCGAUAAUGGGACAAGUGUCCUAGCGAGGCUCCGAUGGUGCAACCAGCUCUCCCCACAGGUGGAGCAUCGGACUUUCACCUCCGAAGAAGAUGACACCAUAAUCAGAGCUCACGCUCGGUUCGGCAACAAAUGGGCCAUUAUAACCCGACUCCUUUUCGGCAAAACCGACAAUACCAUUAAGAACCACUGGAACUCCCCCUCAAACCGCCGGCGCCACCAUAGUCGUGUCAACGGUGGUGGUGAGGUACUCGUUGCCGACGGUGAUGGCGACGACGGAGAUGGCGGACAGAAAGGGGAGGAUGCGGAUGGAGAGCCAGGAGUGUGCAGUGGAGAUGUCGGAGGCUCGGAGUUGAUGUUGGCGACGCGGGAGUUCUCGAGGGAGACAAUGAAAUCAAUGGCGAAAGCUUGGAGGAUUAAGGGUUAG